AUGGAAGGAUCAUGGAAGAGACCCAAACACCAUCUGCAUGUGAAGUUAUUGCUCGGUGUAGGUGCAACACUUGACUCAUGGGGCAUGGAUGGAGAUGUCCUGAAAAUCAAUAUGCCCACAGAAGUUGACGUUUGCAGACUGGUGUCUGCCAGCGAGAAACAAUACAGAACCCAUUUAGAAUGUGCUAAGCACAUUCCAGUGGUGGAAGAGGUUUCUGGACCCAAGAAAGUGGAGCUUUCAAGGGUCCCUAUUGAAUUGAAAAAUGGAACACAGUGGCUUCACAGCAGGGUUGAGAUUGACGGAUAUGAAGAGUAUAGUGGGAUCAAGUGCCAGUAUGCGGGAUGUUCUGAAGAAUAUGAUGUCAUCAAGUGGGAUCUUGAGCAUGCAGGAGAGGAUGAAUCUCUUAUUUUAGAAGGCAAUAUUGGUGGAGGGUUGGUUCUUCAAUGGCAGAUAUCUAUACGAAAAGAUAACCCAAAGAUUCUCCAAAUUGACUCUGGCAUUAUUGCAUGCAGCAUUGGUGUUGGUUCCGGUGGAUUUUCAAGGUUAGAUCCAGAAACAUUCCUUAUUUGUGAUGAUGUUAAUGGCUUCAGCUACCAUUACGAGGAUCCAUGCUCUUAA